AUGCAAGACGUUAUUGAUAUCUUUAAGCCAGUUUCUAGUAACAAGGGCAAAGUUUUGGAGGUCAAAGGCAAAGAAGAAGGGGAUUACAAGGAUGAAGAGGAAGUUGAUGCACCCAAUGAUUCCGGUUGGUUCCCCUUUGGGGGUUUGCUGGGGAGCAAUCACAAGUCCGGUGAAGCCGGUACCUUCAGGGCUCAUUAUCUGAAAGUCUGCAUCCUAAUGGAACUCUGUGGCACAAACCUCCGCAAGUGGACCUCAAUAUGGCGGAUGAGGAAAAGUUUGAGGGCCAUACUCAACAUGCAACCCAUCCAAAGAGAAAGUGUGUUCAACAACCAAUGA